AUGCCUGGUCUCGUUUCCAAUUGGAAUCUUAUUCAAAAUUAUAUUCGUAAUGUUGCGAUUGUUUGUGACAAAGAAUAUACGAAAAAUGUUCUUGUUGAAAUGUUAAUAAAAUGUAUUCCAUGGAAUCAGAAACUUAUGUUUUGUGCUAUUGAACAACGUGAUAUAACACCAAUAAUCGAACAAUAUAUAGAAGAGAAGAAAAUUGGUAACUAUGAAAUAUGGACAUAUAUUCAAUUUCAAUUAGACAAAAAUGUAUUUAUGGAAAAAUUGAAAUUACUUUCAACAACAGUUCCACCAGGAAUUGAAAUUCGACCAUUGAAACCAGAAGAUGCACACUUUAUUAUAGAAGCUGGUGGUUACAAAUCAUAUGAUAUGUAUACCGUAGAUCAAAUUCAAUUUUCUAUUAAAAAAUUAUGCACCAUGGGUGCAUAUCUUGAUGGCAAACUAAUUGGUUGGCGACUUUUGCUAUACGAUGGUUCUUUCGACAUGGUAUAUACGCUUCCUGAAGCUCGUCGACUUGGACUCGCGUCUCUGUUAAGUGUUCGAUUAACGACAGAAAUGUUCAAAAUGCAAGAACGUGUAUUUGGAUAUACAGCUUUAAAUAAUCAAAAAUCAAUGGGAUUAGCGGCAAAAAUGGGAUUUCAUGAAACAGGCUUGCAUGAUUGGAUUGUAUUCGAACCGAAUAAUAUCUCCGUCAAAGAACAUCCACAGCAUCCUCAGAUACUGAAAUCUUCGAUCUAA